GCUGCCGAAAUCGAAAGUGGUGUGUUUUGGGCGCCGCGCCGAGAUUGAUUCACCUUCACCUGUGCGAGUCCUAGUUGACCCAGGUGGGAAACCAGACAGGCAGUAAAACAUGAACGGAAGAGUGGAUUAUUUGGUCACCGAGGAAGAGAUUAAUCUUACCAGAGGACCCUCAGGGCUGGGCUUCAACAUCAUCGGUGGGACAGACCAGCAGGAAGUCUCCAACGACAGUGGCAUCUACGUCAGUCGCAUCAAAGAGAACGGGGCUGCGGCCCUGGACGGGCGGCUCCAGGAGGGAGAUAAGAUCCUCUCGGUGAAUGGCCAAGACCUAAAGAACCUGCUGCACCAGGAUGCUGUCGACCUCUUUCGUAACGCAGGCUAUGCUGUGUCCCUCAGAGUGCAACACAGGUUACAGGUGCAGAACGGGCCUAUAGGACAUCGAGGUGAAGGGGAGCCGAGUGGUGUUCCCAUCGCCAUGGUGCUGGUGCCAGUGUUUGCCCUCACUAUGGUAGUAGCCUGGGCCUUCAUGCGAUACCGGCAACAGCUUUGAAAAGCUUGCUUUCUUCCCGUGCUCCUGGUGAAGACACAUUUUUUUCCUUCUCUCACCCUCCUCCCCUGCCGCUCUUCCGUGUCUUUCCCUCUCUCUACACAAGCCAACACAUGAUUUCAAGAGACUCCUUCCCAACCAGACCUUGCUGUUCUAAAUCUCCAAGUUCUCGUAUUCUAAUGGGAGAGUAAAGGCAUUGUUUGAAGGAAAGCUGAAGAAAAGACUUGCUUAGAACAAAUGAGCAGUUACGUAUUUUACUAGAACUGCCAAUAAAAGUUCAGCUACAACCCAAAGAGGGAAAGGUCCAGUCUUCCCAUCACCACGGUGAUACCGGUUUUCUUAGCUGGCAUGCCUCAAAGGCCAGCUAUGUGAUCUAAGAGGAAGAGAGGAUUUUUCUUUUUAAUGAUCUUCCUUGAGAAGUUUUUGUGGCCUUUAUUUACUUUCUAACUACAUACUUGGGUGCCUAUAUCAAACAAAAGAUAAUGAGGCGAGCAUUUUUACUUCUUUUAAAAACAUACACACAUAUGCAUAUGCGAUAGUAUAAUAGUAAUGCCUUGUGGAGAAUUAAACAUGUAGAAAGCUACUCUGGUUUCUAGGUUUCUGUAAGGCAUGAUGUAAGGUAUUCUCUUAAUUGAAGCAUUUGAUAUAUAGUGGGAAUGAGAGAGAGUGAGCCUUACAGGAUACCCAAUCUGAGUUAUUAUUAAAAAAACACACAAAAAAACAGCUAAUUUAAAAUCUAAGAAAUCUUAUUCUCAUAAUAGCUAAGGUGAAGUUGAGGUAAAAUGCCAUAAUCCAGCUUUGCACAAGUCAAUCUGUUCAAAAACGUUUGAGAUUUAAAGAUAAAUAAAUCUUACCCUAGUGACUUUUUUGCUACCUCACAGUCCUGUGAAAGGAUCAGCUGGAAUGAUUAUGGUCAAGACUGUAGUGAUGGGGCCAAACCAACCCAAUGUAAAAACUCUAAAAUGAAAAAAGUCUGUGCCUCCGAGGUGGCACCUGGACCCUCUCAGACUGUCUACCGGCCUUCUCGGUUUCUAGUAACAGGCAAAAUCCAGGAGAAGGAACUGCUUGCUCCCUGGCAGGAAGGGCAUGAAAUCAGCCUUGCUUCUGAUUCAGUGAAGUUUAGAGGGUUUGGAUUGCUAGUGUUUUUAAAAAGCCUCUACACAGUGGUUAUGGCUUUUAAUGAACCAUUUUGUGGGAAAAGGGGGGAAAAAGUUUUGUUUGUUUUAGGGGGUAGGGGAGUUUGGUGGGUGUUUCAUAGGGAAACCUUGAGAGAAGGAUAUAGAUGAAUGGAUGCUAGGAAAUACUAAGGUUAUUAAUGAGAUGGGAAUUUAAAGUUAGCUUUAAAGUACUAAUGAGGGCUGAACCAAAGCUAAUUUUCUGGCUUGAAGAAAAUCAUUAAAAAAAAAAAUUCCAUCCUACAAACACAGUGGCAAGACUAUAGGCCUUAUAUAAUCUUGACAGCCAGAAUAUAAAGACUUAACCUCAGGCAAUGAAUUUUUAGCAUGGAUGAUCUAGUAAGUAUAUUUUACAAAUGUUGAUUGUUCAUCAGCUUUGUUAAGACACUUUUGCAACGAAGUAAACUACAUAUAGCCUCCACCCUAAAGCGUUUUUUGGUUCCAGUUGGGAUGAGAAAACUUACACAUAUGAAAAUGAAAUUAGCUGUAUAAUCAGGGCCGUGUAAGCUGGUGUCAUUUAUAUUGCAUACAGCAAAAGGGAACAGUUACUGAGAAUUGAGGCACUUGAGAAAGCUCCGUGGAGGAAGGGGACAAGUUGAGGACCCUAGAGCUCACAGUCUAGUUAGAAUUCAUGAAUAGAUAAAAAGUUAAAAGCAUAUCAUCAGGUUAAGUAAAAGUUGAAAACAAUAAAAUAAAUGGUACUAUUCAGAACACGACGCAGCAACAAAGAUGUGUAAACUACCGUCACUGUUUUAGGAAUUCAGAAAAAGAAAGCUGUCACAUAAUGCCAUGAGGCCAGAGUGGGAAGGGAAGGCUUUUAAAAAUACAAAUCCCAGAAAGACCUUGCCCUCUUGGUCAACCAUUCAUAUAGGGAGAAACUUGCUUUAAAUAAUCCUGAUGUGAUUUAUGCGUUUAGACCUGAACUGUUCAGUACCUUUGAGAUUCACUCAGACGAUUGCACUUGUAGGUUCCGCAGAGAAACACUGACAGUAUUCUGGUUCCCACCUCAACCCGCCCCACUGUGGAGGCACAGCCUCUGGUGCCCUUCCUGUAUCUGGAGGUCUGCGGCAGCUUCUCAGUGGGCCUGCUUGCUCCCAGGAUUCAUCUCAGGGUCUACACAUUACCCUCUGAGAGGACCCGAGACAUACAGAAUGAAGCAAAAGGGCAAGCAGGAAGGAAAGCUAUUUAGUUUUUUAUUUGUUGAUAUAUGUACGUAAAGAGAACACCUAUCCCAUUAUUGGUGGAAGUUUUGAUUUGGUUAGUAAUAGGGAUUCUAAUGCACUUUAAUAAUUUAGGGUUUCUCUGGAAUUAAAUAGCAUUUAAAGAUCAACAUAUUAAAGUUUUAGGCAGAUACGCUAUUUCUCAUUCUCUAGAAGACUCAUCAUAGAGAAGAUAUUGGAGUCCUUUGUAGGUCAUUAAAAACAUUCAUGCUCUUUAUAAAUUCAAUCUAAUAUUCCUGUCACUUUAUAGAUUGUAUCAUAUUCCUACCACCUAAAUUACUGUGUUCAAAAUUUUAAAAAGUGAAUGAAAGUAUUUUAAGACCAUAUACUUAAAACACUUCUCUAUGUCAUUAUUAUACAUAUAAACCUAAUAAGACAUUGCUUCAAUCAUCUGUAUUUCCUUCUGCCAAGUUUUAAUCUGUGCUAUUGAUUUAGCUUAAUCACAUGAUCUAGCCAUGUAUAAUGGAAAAAGGAAAUUAAUGUUUGUUACUGCAUUCUGUGCCAGGUACUGUACUAAACCCUGAUUGUUAACACUGUUUGUGCCUCACAACUGCGAUCUAAGUAUUGUUAUAAAGACACUAAAGAAAAGAUAAUAAAAUUACUUUCCUAAGGUUACAUCAAUGGUAAUAAUAGAAUCAGGAUUUAAACUUGACUUUAGGUGCCACCAUCAAUGACACUUCCUCACUGGCAGUGUCUGUCAAAGUGAGGUCUCUGGACAAAAAGCAGCAUUACCUGAGGACUUGCUAGAAAAGCAAAUUUUUGGACUUCACCCCAGACCUGUAUCAAAAUCGGGAGGGCACCCACCAAUCUGUGUUUUAAUAAGCCCUCCAGGUGACUGAUUCAGCUAACAUUUGAGAAUCCUGCUCUAUGCCAGUAAUUUUCCCCUUUUCCUCAGGUUGGAAUUACCUGGAGAGCUUAUACAAAUUCUGAUGCCCGAGCUGCACCUAGAUCAAUGCAAUACAAUCUCGGGGGUUUGGGACUCAGGCACCAAUAAAAUAAAUCUUAUCAAGUGAUUUCAGUGUGCAGUGUCGGUAAAAUAUGCUGUAUGGCAUUUAAACCUAGAUACUAUUUAAGUUACAUACAGACACUGCUCCAGCCAAAAAUGAGAAUUUCUCUAGGGCCUUUUUAGAGCCCAGCUCUCCAUGAGCUCUCUCUCCCAAGUAUAGGUGUGGAAUAGGAAGUGGAACAUUCUUUGGCUCCUGAUUUGCUAAGGACUGACCAACCUCCAGCAAAAUGUAUUAGCAAGUGUGUCAGGUGGUGCAUCUGUUAGAACCAAAUUGUAGAACAUUGGAGUCAAAGGGAACCGGAAAGAUUUUAGGAUGAAUGUGUCCUAGAGAUGAGAAAAUCAAGGCUCAGAGAAGUGAGCUAAUAAUCCAGAGCAAAGACAGUUUGUUGGAAAGGUGCUCUUUCUGUCUUGAAUGUAUCCACUACAUGACCAUAUGCAAAACUAUCCUUUUUAUCGUAGUGCACUUUCACCUUCUCAUUUUGGACCUUAAAUAAAGACCAGAAGAACUGAUUGACAGCUUAAGGGUAUUGCAAGCAUCAUGCAAAAUUGGGAGAUGCCACUGAGAAAGACCUAUUUUCCAAGUUCAAUUAAGGGAGCUCUUCUGAGACUAAUUCCGAUAGUUCUAAACUAGAGAAGUAUUUUUUUUUAUGUUGGACAUUGUUUUCCUUGUGUAAAUAAGCAACUUAAGAUGUAUUUAAAGAAAUGAAACAACAUAAGGAAUAUUAAGCUGUCAAGUAAGUAGGGGAGUGGAGUUUAUGUAAUUUCGUGUGGAGCCAAUAAAGAUUUUUUUCUACUCAACUUUAGUUGAAACUUAUCUUUGGACAGGUGAGGGUUUUUUCUUCAACAAAUGAGUGCGCAUUAUGUGCUAGGUGCUGAGGAUACAAAAGAUAUAGUCACUCUAAACUGAAAUAGCUCAUUAUCAGAAGGUGGUGGAGUAUUUGUUCGUAAUCUUGAUGUUCAAGUAUUUUUCUAGCAUCACCUAGAAGCAGAAGGUUGAGUUAUGAAGCUCUCUACCUCUCACCUAUAAUAGGUUGAGAGUUGGUUCCUGUCUUGGGGUAAGUCCCUUUGCUGUUUCUCUUUUAUCUGCAAAUCUGAGACCAGCACUCACAUUCCAAAGGGUAAUUGUGAUCCAAAGGAAGACAGUAUUAAGGACUUAUGUUCUAGUAGGAACCAGGUUCUUAACUGCCCUGACUCACCUAUGUUGAUAUUCGUAUGUGUAGACUACAAAACACUUGAUCUGCUUACCUGAUGCACUUGAUGAUACUGUAAUAACAUACACUACAAGAAAGUACUGCAGUGUCUAAGCAAUCAAGUUACAGCAAACACUAUGUCUUGUUUCUAAAUGUUUUCCUUACUGUUCGUGUUCUUUUAGCAUGGGGAAGAGGGAAAAAGGGAGGGUCGAAGUAUGUUUUCAAAUGCAAGUCAAUCAUUAAUGAACAGAGUCACUUACAAAAGAACUUUGUAUUGACUGUAACCAUUGAAUGUGUUGAUCAAUCACAGGAAAUGAAAUGAUCCUUAGUUUGCAGAUUUGCAAGUGGAAUUAUAGAACUGGAUUCCAUUUUAAUUCUAUAUAAUUCUGAUUUGAAUAUGAAUUUCUUAUUACUGAAUAUAUGUGUAUUUUACCCCCAGGCCAUGUUAAUUCUUAUAAAAUUAUUUUCUUUAUGAACCUUACUUUAUUUUGCUUCCUUUCUACUUUGAUCCUAACAUUGUGUGCCUGGAUCUAAACAGCAAUCGAUUUCUCAGAUCAAAUAGAUGCUCUAUAGCAACUUGGAAGACACAUGGGCAUAAAACCGUAUUAUCACUACAGAUUAAAUUUGUUAAUGAUGCCAUGAAAAUAGGUGAUAAUUUCCUAAACUUUGCUAUUUGAUACCAGAUACAGCAAAUGAGGUAAUAGUGUGUCUAACUGCCUAGCCCAGUAUUGACAUUCAAUAAAAACCUGUUGCAUUUGUCAA